CCAGCCACACACAGCUGCUGCUCCACCACCACACACACUUUCCCCUCCGGACACUCACACUGCGCUUUUACGCGCGGCUCGCCACGGCACUGCGCUCAGCGUGAUGGGAGGGACAGCGCGAGCAUGAGACGGACUCUGGCCACCCUCGUUUACGCCUUCAGCCUCAUUCAGAGUGGCAUCUGUGCAGACUCUGAAGAGCGGCUGAUGAACUGGCUCCUGGGAAAGGACCGUUAUAACAAGCUGAUCCGGCCGGCUCUCAACAGGACCGAGAGAGUCACGGUGAAGCUGCAGGUCUCUCUGGCACAGCUCAUCAGCGUGAAUGAACGGGAGCAAAUCAUGACGACCAACGUGUGGCUCAAGCAGAACUGGAAUGAUUACAGACUGUCGUGGGACCCGUCAGACUACGAGGGCAUCGACAAGCUCCGAAUUCCUUCCAGACACAUCUGGCUACCUGAUAUUGUUCUAUACAAUAACGCUGAUGGCACUUAUGAGGUGACAGUCUUCACCAAUGCUAUCGUCCUGUUUAAUGGUAGCAUUGCUUGGCUCCCUCCUGCCAUCUACAAGAGUGCCUGCAAGAUCGAGGUCAAGCACUUCCCUUUCGACCAGCAGAACUGCACACUGAAGUUCCGCUCCUGGACUUAUGACCACACAGAGAUAGACCUGGUCUUACUGUCUGAGAUGGCCAUCAUGGAUGACUUCACUCCUAGUGGAGAGUGGGACAUUCUGUCUCUUCCAGGGAGAAGGACAGUCAACCCUCAGGAUCCAACCUAUGUGGAUCUGACGUACGACUUUAUCAUCAAACGAAAGCCGCUUUUCUACACCAUCAACCUCAUCAUCCCCUGUGUGCUUAUCACAUCACUGGCCAUCCUGGUGUUUUACCUACCAUCGGACUGCGGGGAGAAGAUGACCCUUUGUAUCUCUGUUCUUCUGGCCCUUACUGUCUUCCUCUUACUGAUCUCCAAAAUUGUCCCACCUACUUCCUUGGAUGUCCCGUUAAUUGGGAAGUAUCUGAUGUUCACCAUGGUCUUGGUGACGUUCUCCAUCAUCACAAGUGUGUGCGUACUCAACGUCCACCACCGCUCCCCGAGCACACACACCAUGCCCAACUGGGUGAAGCUGGUCUUCCUGGACAAACUCCCCACAUUACUUUUCAUGCGGAGGCCUCACAGGAGCUCAGCCCGGCAGAGGCUGCGGCAGCAGAGGCGUCUCCAGGAUCGCAGGGCCCUGCUCGGCCUGGGUUAUGGAACUUCACGCAAGUCAACCAUCUCCUCUUCCGCCUCCGCCUUACUCGCUGCUUCCUCAGCUUCUGCUCUCUCCUCACCGGGACACUUUUAUGGAAAGAGUGCACCGUUCGGAUUCAGCCGUGGCUCCAGGAAGGGGGACCUGCGGCCCACAGAGUUUCUGCCCAAUGGUCACACCUCGACCCAGGACCUGAGGGCGGGAAGGGUGGGCUUGGACUGGGGGGCUGACGUUCAAGAGGCAGUGGAUGGGGUUCGCUAUGUGGCUGACCACAUGAUGGGAAAUGACGAUGAUCAGAGUGUGAUUGAGGACUGGAAGUACGUCGCCAUGGUCGUAGAUCGGAUGUUUCUGUGGAUCUUUGUGAUUGUGUGCGUGGUGGGCACGCUUGGGCUCUUCCUCCAGCCGCUUUUCCAGAACCAGAUCAUCCCUGUCCAGCACUCGAGUGCUGAGUCUUCCAGGCGGGAUGGGAUGUAAAGAAUGUAGGGGUGUGGAUCCCCUGAAACAAAACCAAAAGGCUCCAGUGCCAUACCAGCUCUAAACACCCCCCCCCCAUAAAAAACUGUACUGUGAUACUGUGAGAAGGUCUAUUCAUAUAAACCCCACUCUUAAUAAUACAGGUUCCUAAUUGGUUCUUGGCUGGACAUAUGAUUCUAAGGAGAGAGAAAAUAAAUGUUUAAUUGGUGAAAAACCUUCACAUUAUGUUCUUGCAGGUUCCUCACGCUUGUACAGUACUGUGCCAAAGUCAGACACCACAGCCAGCCAAAAUGGCCAUUAAGUACAAGUUAUUAAUUUUUCAUAAUUGUGUGUGUCAACACUUCGCCUUCAUUGCAGCUUCCAUUCUUUCAAGGGGAUUUGUUUUCAGUUUUUUUUUCACACCUCCAAAGCUCAGCCUCGGCUGCAUUUUCAGUUGUUCAGUUUCAAUGAUGUUGUGGUCUGGACU